CUUCCGGGCCCCAGUGAUGCCCUGCGGCGCGCCGGACGCUAGGUGGUCUGGCCAUGUUUCGCGCGCUGAGCGCCCUGGGCGCGCGGCCCAUGGGCCGGCCCCCAGCCCCGUUUCUGCUCCCCGCGCGCUGCCGCAAGACCCGCCACGACCCGCCGGCCAAGUCAAAGGUUGGGCGCGUGGCGACCCCACCCGCUGUGGAUCCUGCGGAAUUCUUCGUGCUGACGGAGCGUUACCGGCAGUACCGCCAGACGGUGCGCGCCCUCAGGCUGGAGUUCGUGUCCGAGGUGCGCAAGAAGGUGCACGAGGCCCGGACCGGUGUCUUGGCAGAGCGCAAGGCACUGGAGGACGCCGCUGAGCACCGCGAGCUGAUGGCCUGGAACCAGGCGGAGAACCAGCGGCUGCGCGAGCUGCGGAUGGCCAGGCUGCGGCAGGAGGCGCGGGAGCAGGAGCGGCGGCAGGCGGAGGAGGACGCCCGGCAGGCCCGAGAGGCGCAGGCUUGGGUGCAGCUCAAGGAGCGUGAAGUGCUGCAGCUGCAGGAGGAGGCAAAAAACUUCAUCACCCGAGAGAACCUGGAGGCGCGGGUGGAAGAAGCGUUGGACUCCCCCAAGAGCUACAAUUGGGCCAUCACCAGAGAGGGGCUGGUGGUCAGGCCACAGCACAAGGGCUCCUGAGGGCCCAGUAAGGACAGUGUCCACCCAGGGACCGUGGGGGUAGGGGGGUUGGGCCUGAUCUGGAAUAAAGCAGUUGUUUCUUAUGAAGGAGGAGGCUCUACCUAUUCCAAUGCAGCCUUCACUUUUGGGCCUCAGCACCCACCACUUGGUCAGAAACUCCACACACACAGUGCCCUGUUCUGCACCCAUGUACAACUCUUAGCAAAGCACCAGACCUUAGAAGUUUCCAUCUCACGGAGGAGCAUAGUCCCCUCGGCAGCCAGGUCAUCUCCUGAGUAUCCUCAGGGUCCAGUGGUUGGCAUAUUGCAGUCCUUGGGCCAAAUCUGGCCUAUUGCUUCUUUUUGUAAAUAAAGUGUAUUGGAACA